AAUCAAGACAGCAAAUACGCAGUGAGAGAAGAACGAGACGUCUUUUUAUUUCAUGAUAAUUAUUUUUUUUCUUCUAUUUUCCAUCAAUGCCUUGAAGAAGAGGCCAUUAGAAACAUCACCGUUGGAGCCACUCUUGGGGUUCGGUAGCCACCUGCUCCACUCAUGAAGACUGUGGGGUACUAGUCAAUACUGUAUGUGCUCUGUGUGAGAGGUAGACAGCAAUCUUACCAGCUGUUCUCACCAUGGAGCCACCUGCCAGAUAUCUGAGGGUGCUGUUUUUGGGACUGUGGAUGGUGGUAGGCCUGAUCCCUAGAUGUCUCGCAGACGUGGUUGUCAUCUCCACCGAAACAAACAAAACCGUCACUGCCAUUGCAGAUCUUCCAGCACUUUUUGGCCCUCCUCUACCUCUCUCAGGUUUUAAGGGAUAUGUGAAUUACGUCUCACCGCCUGAUGCUUGCACCGUGGUGAAACCUCCACCAAAAGAAUAUGCAGGUCUUUGGAUUGCUCUUGUGCGAAGAUCCAACUGUUCAUUUGUUGACAAGGUUAUAAAUGCCCAACAUGCAGGAUAUGCAGCUGUCAUAGUUCAUAACGUUGGAUCUAAUUCUUUGCAACCCAUGAGUGCUGACCACAGUGCAGAAGAGGUGGUUGUGCCGUCAGUGUUCAUUGGCCAGGAUGACGCUAUUAUGAUCAUAGAGAACUACCUGUAUGAUAGAGGGUACACCUUGGAGAUAACUGAUGACCUGCCUUUCAACCUGCAAAACUACCUGGUUCCCUUUGCCAUUACCAUAGGAAUUUGCUUUAUAGUAAUGCUCACUUUUAUGAUUGUCAAGUGUGUGCGUGAUUACCGUCGCUCUCGUCGUCACCGCCUCUCGUCCCGAGCCCUUAAAAAGCUGCCUGUUCACAAGUUCAAGAAAGGCGAUCCAUAUGAGUGCUGUGCUGUCUGCCUAGAGGAUUAUGUUGACAACGACAAACUACGCAUAUUGCCUUGUUCUCAUGCUUACCACACCAAGUGCAUUGACCCAUGGCUGACCAAGAUCCGCCGAGUCUGCCCAGUCUGCAAGAGAAAGGUUUUCACAGGAGAUGAAAGGCCUUCAGACCUGGAGAGUGACUCAGAGGAUGAAAGUAGUCCUCUUAUAAACUCUGAAGGAGGCACACAGGGAGGAACUUUCAAUCAACAGAGGGAAAAUCCAUUCCAAGAAGCUGAGCGCCUGGCAGAGGAAAGGCGACGACAGCGAAGAAGGAGAAGAGCCAGUUCCCGCAACAUAGAGUGUGGACCGGAGGGUUAUCAGCGGCUGGCAGAGUCAACAGAUGAAGAUGACGAAGAAUACCAGGAAGAUGAAGUAGAAGGUGCUAGUGCAAAUUCAGAACAAAAUAUGGUUGAUAGAAAAAGAGUUGGAGCCAAGAGGGGGGAGGAGAGCGAGAGUGGAGAGGAUGACCGCAUGGAGUCACCGCAUGACCCACCUAAUGUUAGCGUUAUUAUUCACGGUGCAGGACGACACUCAGGACACACAGAUACAACAAGCCUAGCAAGCAACCACAGUGCAACAUCCCAAGGCAGUCCCCCAGGGCCUGUGCAGAUUGCAGUUGAUGUGGUCAAUUGCAACCCUGCUGCCAGCUCACUGCCAACACAACCUCCCCAUGUGCCAGAAGAUGCUGGUUCCGAACGAGAUUAUGUAGUCUGAAUCUCUUUCUUUUUUUUUUCUUUUUUUUGAGGAUCAUAAAUUCUUGUAUUUUCUUGAUAUGCAUUUUCUUGUGCAUAAUCAGCAGCAACAACAUUAGUAGUAUUAACAAUGGAGACAUCCUUUUCUUUUCUUUUUCUUUUGUUUAAUCUAGUUAUUCAUAGAUAAGGAUAUUCAGAUGAGGCCCUACUGAUUAAGGAAAUGCCUGUGCACGAGGCAUUGGUGCUCUUUUGUUUUCCACAUCAUAUAUUAAUGGAAAUUGGAGGUAUAUAUAUGUUUUCAUACCAUCGUGGCGUCGUAAUUGAAAGCUACAUCAUUUUUCUCAAAUUAAAGAAAAUGAUUACACUCAAGUUGGUCCAUUUUUCAAGGGAACAUACAGAUCUCGAAUGAGUGCAGUGCGAGUAUCUGCCGUGCGUUUUCUUUGUCGUCAUUUUGAAAGGGAUUGAAAAAGUGAAAAUAAGGGUUUAGGGCAUAUCUCCUUGUUGCUAUUGAUAAGUGAGCUUUUCAUUGUCAAAGGUAAUUGUGAUGUGAACAGACGUGUAUUCGUUUUUGUUGGUUGUGUUAUGUCAUUUAAUUGCCUGUCUCUCAUCAAGUGGAAGUUUUAAUUAGGGCUAACUGUAGUCAAUCCUGUCAUAUCUUCCAAUACACUGUGUCUCAAACUAAAGUGAUAUAUAAUGUAGAUGAACAGAGUAAUACAUAGAAAUUAAUCCAUAUUUUCUCUAUACUCUGAGUCUAAUGAUUAGAUCCAGUUAUCCAAAUGUAUUCAUAUACAGUACCGAUAAGUAGAGUUGCAAAUCCUUAUUUCUGUCAAAUUGAAGUGAUUUUGAACAGGAAAGUUAAUGCAGAGUUUUAUUUUUAUUUUAUUUUUGAUAUACAUGAUUAAGAUUUUUAAUUUAUGUUACAUGAUAUUAAAUCAUGAAUGUUGUCAUUAUUAUUAUUAUUAUUAUUAUUAUCAUCAUUAUUAAAAUUAUUAUUAUCAUCAUAAAUUUGUAUUUAUUAAAGAACUUUUUAAAAUUUCUAUUACCACCAGAUUUGUGCAGUAGGUUACCUCUAAAGAUUUUAUUGCAAAAAGUAAAAUCAGUAUUAAUGGACUGUGUUCCAUUUUACGAAAUUGUCUGAGUAAACAUGAACCACAGAUCAAAAUUUCUAAAUGUGACCAAAGCUUAAUGUAUCUUUAGUUUUAUUACUACUGUUUGGCAAAAUGCAGAUACUCCCAGCUUUAUUUGUGAUCAUUAUUAUCAGUAUUGUUGUUUGUUUUUCUGUUUUCUUUUUUUUUUUUUUUUUUUUUUCUUUGUUUUCUCUCUUUUGAGGAUGGAUUCUUUUCAAAAGAAUCCCAUGAAGAUUUUUUUUUUUUUUUUUUUUUUUGUCUUUCUCCUUAGCCAAAGUAACCAAGUGAGAUGGGGUUCACUCACAUAGUAUUUACUUGAGAUUUUUGUUUUUAGAUUUAUGUGUGGAUGAUGAUCUCGAAAUGUCUAAAAUAAUGAAAUCAAGAUGAUUUUCUUCAUGUAAAGAUGUAAAAAAAUAAUGUAUAUAGUGGAAAAAAGGAAGAAAAAAAAAGAUCUUAAUACUUGUUUAAGUAAAUUUUCGGAGUUUGGUGUUGAAUGUAAAUAUGUUUAGAUCACGUAAUUGUAGUGUAUGGAAGAGGUUGUAAUACUUGAGUCCAGUACAUGUUGUGAUUUUUUUUUUUUUUUUUUUUUUUUUUUUUUUUUUUUUUUUUUUUUUUUUCUUUUUUUUCUUCCCUUUUUUAUGUAUUAUCCACUUUAUUUCCUCUUUUCUGUAUAACAUAAGCAGCUCAGUUGUGAACAGAAAGCCACUACAUUCUUGUUUUGUCUGUAAACGUGCAGUGUUGAGGUUCACGGACACCAUAGUAAAUAUUUAAUGACUUACUUCAAGAAAGUCGAGAGCUGGAACCUUAGAUAACGAAUUCCUUCCUGUGCUUGUUAUUUGUGUAAGUAUUCAGAUAUGCAUUAAACUACAACCAAAUAGGAAUUUUAUAUUCUUCUUGAUGAGUAAUUCUAAGAUUUGUUUAGAAGGAUUUGAAUGCUGAAGUAUUGCUGAAUUAUACAUUUAAGAAAGAAGGUAAAGCAGGUAUGUAAUUUUGUCUAUGUACGCUGCAGUUUCUAAUUGAGCAUAUAAUAUUGUGUUUUCUAAUUGGUAUUUUUGUACUGAACUACUCUGUUGAUAAGAUGUGUAUGAACUAUAGAUUUAAGACAGUAUUCUGUGACAGUCCAUUAUUUUAGAUUUAAACUGAACAGUUUGAAGCUUUAGAUAUGAAAUUAUAAUGUUAUAUGCAUAUAGUGCAUCUGGUGUGAUAUGUAAUAAUGUAGAUAUAACUUCGUAUUGAUAAAUAUGUUUACAUAGUUCAUAUACCAGUGUCAUGACCCCACCAUUCAAAAUCUCUGUAUUGUAGUUCAUGUUUAGGUUUCUGUGUUUGAUUUUUUGUCAAAGUUGCUGGCUUCACAUCCAUGAAAAGGAAAUCAAGAAUUGUAGUCAUUUCUUCUAUAGAUUUUCUAAACUACACAAUUGAGAAGCCAUUGUAAUAAUUAAGUUAUAUUUUCUUUUAACAAAUGGAAUACAGAUGUUUUUCUCACACAUUUGCAAACAAAAAUCAUAUAGUUUCGCUGUUCAGCAGUCGAAUGAGGAUGGAAAGAUUGAAUCAUUUAUAUUUAUUGGUAUCUUUUGGGUGUUUAAACUCCUAAUUGAAACAGAAAGAAAAAGUAAAAGAAAAAUUUCCAGUCAACUAGUCAGUCUGUAUUGAAAUAAGUAUUCAUAAGAUAAAGGAAAUUAGAGAGGCAUUACGCAACUUGAAGUCAAGCAGUAGACUCCAAUCCUCUCUGUCUUUUGUUUAGAAUGUCUUUUUUUUCUCUCUCUUUCUCUCUUUCUUUCUCCUUUUUGUUUUUAAGCUCCUCUUUGUAUUUACUGACAUUUACAUCAAGUUAAAGGAUUAACACAAGACACUUGUGCAAGGAUGGGGUGUUGUAAGCUCAUUAUCUGUCAAAUAGCAGAGCCAGGCAGUUAUGAAGGUAUUUAACAAUAUAAUGUGGGGGAAACUCAUUCAUAAUAUGUUGCCAUGAUUUAUGAUGAAUAGUUCUUAUUAGUGUUAGAGAUGUAAAAGCACCUAUAGAGUCCUAUUGAUUAUUGUAAACUGAAAAGAAGUGUGAGGAGUCUGCUGCUCUUUAUCAUAUCUUCUAUUAUUUCUAUAAAACAGUCUUGCCAGGCAUAUACUCUAUUUUCCUUUUUGUGAAGCCUUCCUGUACUAAUCCAGUCUGUCUUUCCUUUCUGAAUGCUUUAGUAUUCCAAUCAUGAAACUUCUUUUUAAGCUUGGAAAUUAUGUUACUCUGAGACAUAUAUAUUGUGCAAAUUUUAUUAUUAUAUAUAUAUAGAAUAAAGUAAAUUUCUUUUAUUAA